GUUACUUGUUUCCUUUCUUCUUAUAUCAUGUCUAUUCCUAAGUUCGUGGUUUUUCCCCGUUGCAUCAGCGGAUGCAAUGUUUAGUUUUUUUUCGGAUGAUUUGUACUGAUUAGGGUGACCACUUUCGUGGCGUGUGAAUUACAAACAGAAAAUGGCAGAGUCCGAACAAAGAGGUAAGGACCUUUGUAACACGGUAGCGUUGAAGGAGUCAAUGGUGAAACAGGAGAAACGAGACAGCACAUUGACUAAUGGCGGGAAGGGCUCCGGAGAUGAUGCAGAUAGCUUCGAGGAGUUACCGCUCGACAUAGGCGAACACUAUCUCGUUCGUAGAUCUGACGAUUCCUGGCAUCCCGCUGAAAUUAUCCAGACACGUUAUAAUGAAAAUGAAAGUCAUUAUGAAUACUAUGUCCACUAUGAUGGACAUAAUAGAAGAUUGGAUGAGUGGGUACCUCGUGACAGGAUUAUGUCCAGCAGAUUUGACAUGAGUGAAAUAGAGAGGCAUGAUAGGAAUUCAGGAACUGAUCUGUUAGCUGAUUCUUCGGAUCGUAAAAUUACUAGAAAUCAGAAGAGACGUCACGAUGAGAUCAACCAUGUACAAAAGACUUACGCGGAAAUGGAUCCUACUACAGCUGCACUCGAGAAGGAACACGAAGCUAUAACAAAAGUGAAGUACAUAGACAGAAUACAAAUUGGCAAGUACGAGAUUGACACUUGGUACUUUAGCCCAUAUCCAGAGGAAUAUGGCAAACAACCAAAACUUUGGAUUUGUGAAUACUGCUUAAAAUAUAUGCGUCUUGAGAAGACUUACAGAUAUCACAUGAGCGAGUGUACUCAUAGACAGCCAGUCGGAAAAGAGAUUUAUCGAAAAGGAACAUUGAGUAUUUGGGAAGUGGAUGGCAGGGAGCACAAAAUUUAUUGCCAAAAUCUGUGUUUGUUAGCUAAAUUGUUUUUGGAUCACAAGACCCUAUACUUCGACGUAGAGCCAUUUCUCUUUUAUAUUUUGUGCGAGGUUGAUAAGCACGGUGCACAUUUAGUUGGCUAUUUUUCAAAGGAAAAAGAAUCACCUGACGGUAAUAAUGUCGCAUGUAUUUUAACUCUACCACCUUUUCAAAGACAAGGCUAUGGCAAAUUGUUAAUAGCUUUUAGCUACGAAUUAAGUAGAAUUGAACAAACUGUUGGAAGUCCAGAAAAACCUUUGAGCGAUUUAGGAAAAUUAUCUUAUCGCAGUUAUUGGAGUUGGAUUCUACUAGAAAUUCUUCGAGAUUUUAGAGGAACUCUUAGCAUUAAAGAUCUUAGUCAAAUGACUAGUAUUUCGCAAACCGACAUCAUCUCGACAUUACAAAGUAUGAAUAUGGUGAAAUACUGGAAAGGGCAACAUGUUAUUUGCGUCACUCCUAAAUUAGUGGAAGAACACAUAAAAAGCAGCCAGUAUAAAAGGCCACGUCUCACAGUUGAUAGCAGCGCAUUGAGAUGGGGAGCGCCUCCUCGGAAGAAUAUAAAACCUGGCAAGAAAUAGCGCUUAGACGGACUAAUGUAAUGGUAUCUUUCAUAAUAUUCACCUGAUAUUGUUUGAUGUCUUUUUAAAACUUCGUAAUACAUUCACAAAUACCCGUUUGUAAAAUAAUUGAUUAUUAUGUGAUGUGCUACAAUAAUACUUUGCUAAAAAAAGUUCUUAAAUUUUGACGAAUAGAAUUUAUUGCUUCAAAAAAAGUGUUAAGGAUGUAUUACACCUGUUUUCAAAAUAAUUAAAUUACAUAUUAUUCUAUGUCUGUAUUUGAAAGUAAUACAAAAAAUUUAGCGAUGAUUUUCUACCUGGAUCAAAUAGUAUUUUAACUUCCUAAGAACUGGCAUGUUUUCGAACAAAGUUUUAUAGUUUCAAACUUAAAAUUUUGUUGACUAUAUAAUUGUAUCAACUAUGAAAAAAAAUGACCACUUCAGAAUUGAUAUAUCUGCUUCCAGUCUGGAAGAGUAUACAAAAUUUUUUCCAUAUUUUUUUAUAUUAUUAUAUAUUUCAAGAAUAAAUAUUUAACAGCAUUUGCAGUAAAAAAAUUUUAUAAAAAAAUAGUUAUGAAAAUAUGAAAUAUUUUAUAUUUUCAUAAUUGUUUUUUAUUAAUUUCACUGAAAUCUUUAAAACCCGAUACAUGUAAGUGCAAACUUAGUGUAAAUAAAUAAAUUGUUUAUUUGAAAAUUUUUAUUUAGAAAAGCUAACAUACGAUACUUUUUAUAUAUUUUGUGUAAAUACUUUUUCUAAAAAAAAGUUAUUUGUAAAUAUAUAAAUUUAUGUACAUAACAAUUAAGUUAGAAACAGUAAAACUUUGCAUCAAUUAUCUUGAACACUUAACCUUUAGACCGCCGGAAAAUCUAAAUAUAGACUCUUUGGAAUAAUUCAUCUAAACACUCAAAAACUUGUACAGAAGGUUCAAUACAUACCCCCUCCUCUCUCCCUCUCCACACACUUAUACAAAUAAAAAAAAA